AUGCAUAAUAUAGUGAAAAAUAUUAUUUGGUUCUUGUUUUUAAAAUAUGUUAAACAUAUUAAUAGUUUUUUCAUAAACAAGAUUCAUAUAUUUCAUUUAACCAAGUUAAAACAUAAUAAUAAUUUAAUAUAUAUAAAUAAGAAAUAUUCAAAAUACAAGUAUAUAAGCGUACAAAAUAAUACCGUAUGCUUGAAAAAUUAUGAUGAAUCGGAGGAUAACGAAUAUGAUAACGACAAUUACAGCGUUAAUGACAAUGAUAUCGAUGACAAUGAUGAUAACGAUAACGAUAACAAUGAUAAUGAUGAUGAGGAAAUAGAUGACAAUUUAGCUAGUUGUAAAGAGAAGAGAAAUGUUAAAGAAAGAAAAGUGAAAAUUGGAAAAAUUAAAAAAAAAAAAAAAAGAAAGAAAAUUAGUAUUGCACUCAAAUGUAAAAUGUGCAAUAAAAUUUUAAAGCCAAGGGUAAAAUUUUGCAAGCACUGUGGUACAAAUGUGUCUGUAGAGAAAAUUAAACUAAAGAAAUAUAUAGAAGAUAUUUACAUGCCCUUCAGAAAGGAGGAAGUAAGUGAUAAUACAUACAGAGUGGAGAAAGGUUUCUGGAAUGAUAUUCUACCGAAAUUAGGAAAAUAUGAACUUCAUGAGUUAGGACCGAACAACUGGGAGAGUUUUUUAAAAUAUUUAAAGUCAAAGAAUUGUUCGCCUAGGACUAUGGCUUUAUACCAGUCAACUUAUCAGCAAUCCUUGAAAUACGCCUUGUAUCGAGACUACUUAAAAAGUAUACACCAUUUUCGUAAAAUAAAAAAGAGUACUAUACCUCGAAGAAAAAUUACACCCUUAUCACCGAAAGAAAUAGAGUUAUUAUUAAAGAACAGCAGUGACAUGCACAGAGCAAUAUUUGCUCUAAGCAUAGGUAUUGGUUUACGCCCAUCAGAAGUUUUACGAAUUCUUUGGGAAGACAUAAAUUUUGAAAAAAAAGAAAUUUUUAUAAAAGGUCAAAAAACGAAAUACAGUAAUACAUCAAUUCCUCUAACGAAUUUCGCGUAUAUCGAGUUGAGAAAAUGGUGGGAAAUAGAGAAUAAACCGUUAAAAGGUCUAUGCUUUUAUUCAGAGAUUAUUAAAAAUAAAUUUAAUUACACAAACACGAAAACUCCCUUAAAAACUUUUAAAACUGCUCUAAAGGGAGCAGCCAGAAGAGCUGGACUUGAAAUUAGUGAAGACGGGAAAAAGAGAAGAAUUUUUCCUUACCUUUUAAGACACUCUUUUGCGACCAUAGCUGCAACUUCAAACCCCCCCGUUCCCUUGCCAGUAGCGCAGGCAAUUAUGCGGCAUUCUUCAUCCAAAAUGUUAUUAGACACUUACACAAAAGCCGGAAAUAACAUAAUAAGGGACGGCUUGGAUAACUUUAAAAUAUAG